GCUGGGGUGGAAGCAGAGUGCUUCAGUCGGACCUCACAGCUUUCCAGAGCAGAGGGAGAGCCCCAGAGAAGAGCAGUGGAGUCCUUGCGGCAGCGUUUUAGCAGGAGGAUGAGAGGCGGGAAUCUGCAGCGUCGUGCCAGGCCCCAGGCGCGGAAGAGGGGGAGAGCUGGGCCAGCGGACGCGUGAGCGGAGCUCCCGGCUGGAAUGCACCAGCUCAGCAAGGGAUUGUCCUCCCUGGGCCGCGCGGGCACUGCGCCGUGAGCCUGGGACGGCGCCUGGGCCAUGGCGGCGGCAGACACCCCUUCAGCCACCCUCCGGCACCACGACCUGUGCAGCCGCGGCAUCCGCCUGGCCAGGAAGAUGCGCUCGGAUGUCACUGACCUCCUGGACAUCUACGUGCAGCGGCAGGGCCUGGAUGCCUCCAUCAGCGUGGCAGCGGUGGAUGGGGUGCCGGCAGCGGCAGCGGAGCGCUGGGCCGAGCAGACGGGCACCCAGCGCCUCCUGGACAACCUGGCAGCCUACCGGGCUUUCCGCUCACUGCUGGCACAGAUGCUGGAGGAGCAGCGGGAGCAGCUGGGAGAUGCCGAUGCUGAGCUGGGCCCGGCGCUGGCGGCUGUUCUGCUGCAGGUCUCGGCCUUCACCUACCACCUGGAGGAGCUGCUGGAGCUGGAGAGCCGCGGGGCCCCUGCUGAGGAGGGCUCGGAGCCCCCCGCACCCCCACGCCUCAGCCUCUUUGAGCAGAAGCUGCGGGGCCUGGGGGUGCUGCGGGAGCUGGCCCAGUGGGCCGUCAGGUCGGUGCGGGACCUGCGGCAGCUCGCCAAGCACGGCCCGGGCAGCGGCGCAGCACUGGGUCUGCCUGAGAGCCAGUGAUGGCAGUGUGUGGAUGGGGCUUAGCUGGGGGGGCCAUCCCUGUGCAGGGCUGCUGACGGGCAUGGGGACUUCAGGGAGUGGGGGGGCCCAUGCUACUAACCCAGGGACCUUCUGCUUCCUAAUGGGCCCAUUUCCCUGCGAUGGAAAGUGAGGCACAGGGGUGGAACUCGCAGUGAGGUGGGCUUUGUGGAUGACUUGCAGUUCUGCUAUGGCCUGGAAGCCAUGACCCCCAGUGUGCUGUGCAGGGACGGCCUGUUCUGUGGGGCCAGGUUGCUACCUGGCUCCUGGUGGCCGGGUGAUGCUUCUGGAUGAGGGGAGCUGCCUCGGGGUUAUUGCAGAGGUGAGAGUGACGUGGAAGCAUCACCUGGUGAAAGGUGGCUUAGGAAUUGUUCCCCCUCUGCAAGGCCUGUAUUGCCUCCUUCAGGUGCUCCCUUUUUUCUCUGUUCCUGCACAGCUCCCACCCUGCCUGUGUGUUCUGUGUGCUGAAUUUCUGCUCUGACCGCUUGGGGUCUUUCUCAGGAGGGGGGUGGGAUUUUGAGCUGGAUGGCAUCUAUCAGCUGGUCGGACAGGGUAUAGAGAGGGUAUUUAUACAGGAGGCUGUCUCGAAAGACCCUCUGCCAGGGACUUUGUGCCUCUUGAGGCUGUUCUAAGAUUGGAGAGGGAGAAGCAAACAGCCCCAGACACUGUCGGCCACUGUUUUCUCCCUGCGUGGCUGUGGUGGAUGCUGAGCAAAUAAAGCAUCUGGAGAGACA